CAAGGCGGCAUCGCCAGGAGCCCGGCUCUCGCGCGAGGUGAAAACUGGGCCUGGUGGGGAAGGACCUGCUGAAGGGCCAGAGAUGAAGCUGGGGGUGAAGGAGUUUGCCGAAAAUAGGCAUUGAUUCGGGAAAGGGCACCAAACCCUCCCACGGCCGCGGGGGUAAGGGAUGGAGACGGAAAGAGGCGCUGAGGAAAGGGGGAUCCGUCGCCUGGAGCGCUGCGUGGGUCUUUGUGCUGCCCCUGCACGCGCCCCGCAGCCUCCGCGGUGCUCGCCGCCGGGGCUGCGUCCCGCAGGUUUAGGAGUUGAGAUGAGCGCCGUUUAAACCUGUCUCUGGCAGCUCGACUGAGAAUCGAGCUCCAAGUUGUCUUGAGCUUGUAACGUUUCCUGCCCUCUCUGUACGUGUGUUCCAGGCUGCUGGAGCCUGAGUGAUUUCAGACCUGCUCACAGGGGUUGGCUUGCUGAGAAGUUAGAGUGAAAAAAAACUACUGUGGCUUGAGCAGACAGCAGUUCUACCUGAUUAUACAGCAUCAUAAAUACUGAGACUUCACCGCCAAUUGCUCUUCUAGUGCUUGGAAGACAAGGUAGGGAAUGGUCUCAGACGUGGUGAUUGUCCUCUGUUCAGAUGCUUUUUCCCAAGAGGAACAUCAGGCACAUCUGGCUCAGGUUGCAGAUCUGUCCUGUUUGACCUCAUGACUCUUCUGUAGCAGCGGCUCUUGGCCGGUGAAGAAUGACAUUUUAGACUGUAAAAGGAGGAAAGGGAAAAAGAUGGGCCACGGGGAGCAACUCCCUGAAAAGAGUAAACCAAACCCAGUCCUAUCUCUUUGCUGCUUAGGGAGGAAUUCUGCCAAGGAAGGGUUCUGGCGUUGGUGAUGAGCAAUGGGGUAUGAUGUAGCACGCUUUCAGGGGGAUGUUGAUGAAGACCUUAUAUGCCCCAUCUGCAGCGGGGUCCUGGAGGAGCCAGUGCAGGCUCCUCACUGCGAACACGCCUUCUGCAAUGCCUGCAUCACCCAGUGGUUUUCCCAGCAGCAGACGUGCCCCGUGGACCGCAGUGUAGUGACGGUUGCCCACCUCCGCCCUGUCCCGCGGAUCAUGCGUAAUAUGCUCUCAAAGCUGCAGAUCACUUGCGACAACGCUGUUUUCGGCUGUACGGCAGUAGUGCGACUUGACAACCUGAUGUCUCACCUCAAUGACUGCGAGCACAAUCCAAAGCGCCCAGUGACUUGCGAGCAGGGAUGCGGCUUGGAAAUGCCCAAAGAUGAGCUGCCAAACCACAACUGCAUCAAGCAUUUAAGAUCUGUGGUGCAGCAGCAGCAGACGAGAAUUGCUGAGCUGGAGAAGACUUCGGCAGAACACAAACAUCAGCUAGCAGAGCAGAAACGGGACAUUCAGUUGCUGAAGGCCUAUAUGCGAGCCAUCCGCAGUGUCAACCCUAACCUGCAGAACCUGGAAGAGACCAUUGAAUACAAUGAAAUCCUGGAGUGGGUGAACUCCCUCCAGCCAGCCCGGGUGACGCGGUGGGGCGGAAUGAUCUCCACUCCGGAUGCAGUGCUGCAGGCCGUCAUCAAGCGCUCGCUGGUGGAGAGCGGCUGGGCCACAUCCAUCAUCAACGAGCUGAUCGAGAACGCCCACGAGCGGAACUGGCCGCAGGGCCUGGCCACGCUGGAAACCCGCCAGAUGAACCGGCGGUAUUACGAGAACUAUGUGGCCAAGCGCAUCCCUGGCAAGCAGGCCGUGGUGGUGAUGGCCUGUGAAAACCAGCACAUGGGUGAGGACAUGGUGCUAGAGCCAGGACUGGUGAUGAUAUUUGCACACGGAGUGGAGGAAAUAUAAGGACUUUCAAAGCAAGAAACGCUUCGUGCUGACAAGGGGAGAGGAAGGAGAAGGUGAAGAGGCAGAAGGGACUGGGGGAGUAGCUGGUCAAAACCACUGGUGUUCCCUAGCCGCCUGUGUGGUUUUGUUAGAGCCUUAUCCCCUUGAGCCUCUUGCUUCCUAGCUGAAAUGAUUAAAUGCCUCUGGUAAAUACUACUUAAAACACUUGGCCCAGCAGUGAACACACAGUGCAGCCCAUCCGUGUUUGCCCCUUGCAGAUCAGCUUCCACAUGCAAUGUCUUUCCAAGGGGGGAGAGGGAGAGAAAGCACAACUGCUCCACUGAAUACCGCCAGACUCUUCAGACCCAGCCUGCGUUUUGGAUGCUACUGCCUCCACCAAAGCCCUGGCUCUUUGUGCAACCCAAACUGAAAGGAUAAGUUGAUCUCGCUGUGGACCGGCCCCAUGGCCACUGGUGUCUCUCUUGUUUGUCCAGUGGCUAAAUCCUUCUUGGGCUUUAUCUCCCUCUCUGGAUUCCUCCUGCCUCACUCUUAAAAGGUUUCUCUGUUGCUCUUUCUUCAAGUCUUGCCUCCUUCCAUGCCUGACUGACCACACAGUACCUUAACAGCAGGAUUUGCUCCCCAGCCUCUUGUGCUGGGCUGGGGAGGGGGCAUGGGGUGGGGAGAGGCAGCCCAGGAGCAAGUCCACGAACAGAGCUGUGAGUAGUGCCCCAAAGCAACUCUCGGAAACCUAAAGGCAGCUGGAGCCAAGGCAGCUGAGCUGCUGAGAGAACGAGCCUCCAGCGCUGGUGGAGGGCUGGGGCCUUCCCCCGUGCGGGAGAGACUCGGCGUUGGAGGAACCAGCCUUUCAGAUGGGCUCCCCAGCCCCUGGAUGCCACCGUCCCUUCAGAACUGCUCUGGCCGUGCCGCCCUCCUGCUGCCGUCGCUCCGUGCGUGCCCUGCGCUGCCGGCCCGGCCCCGGCUCCCUCUGCUCUCCGGACAGGAGAGCCCGGGCUCUCCCAGGCUCGUCGUGCAGAUGCUCCUGCCCAAGCGAACGGCUCGUGGCCGCCCAGGCAUCUUGUGCCAUUUAAAGUUGCCUCCACGCGUUGUCCUUAGCCCUAGAGAAACGGUCCUGUCUGUCCUGUGUGCAUUGAGUGUUCGCGAAGAGCUUUCUGUACUGUUACUGUUGUUACUUUUCAGACACUUGUGAUUGUGGUUCUGUAUUUUUUGUACUUUUUUGGCCUCUCUUGUUUGUAUACCCCCCCCCUUAUUUUAUUUUUGAAGUACCAUGGACAGGCACCUCAGAACCUGGUUACGUUUACUUGUUGGGAAUUUAAUUUAUUUGCAUUUGUUUUGUUGUUUUUUACAGUACUUUUUCUCCUCCUGUGUCUGUGUUGCUCAGAUACGGUUUCAUCAGCUCACUCCUGUGCCCGUGUGGGCUACUGUGAGGCAGGGAUUUAAAUAAUCAAUAAACAGCGUUCUGAUUGCUUUA